ACCUGUGCUAUAUUUCAGAUUGCCAUAUGCAAUGGACACUGAUCUCAGUUCCCAGGACAGGAAGGACCUGGACAAGUUCAUCAAAUUUUUUGCUUUAAAGACAGUACAAGUAAUUGUCCAGGCCCGACUUGGAGAGAAGAUCUGUACCCGAUCAUCAUCCUCCCCAACAGGUUCUGACUGGUUCAAUCUGGCAAUCAAAGAUAUACCAGAGGUUACUCAUGAAGCAAAGAAAGCCCUGGCAGGACAGCUGCCCGCUGUUGGACGGUCUAUGUGCGUGGAAAUUUCUCUCAAAACCUCAGAGGGGGACUCCAUGGAGUUGGAAAUUUGGUGUCUAGAAAUGAAUGAAAAGUGUGAUAARGAAAUCAAAGUUUCCUACACUGUAUACAACAGGCUGUCUCUACUGCUGAAGUCUUUGCUUGCUAUAACCAGGGUAACUCCAGCCUACAGACUCUCAAGGAAACAAGGACAUGAAUAUGUAAUAUUGUACAGGAUAUAUUUUGGUGAAGUGCAACUGAGUGGCUUGGGAGAAGGUUUCCAGACAGUCCGUGUUGGGACAGUGGGUACUCCGGUGGGCACCAUCACUUUGUCUUGUGCCUACAGAAUCAACCUUGCUUUCAUGUCAACCAGACAGUUUGAGAGGACCCCUCCUAUCAUGGGGAUUAUAAUUGAUCACUUUGUGGACCGUCCCUAUCCCAGCUCUUCACCCAUGCAUCCCUGCAAUUACAGAGCUGGUGAGGACAGUGGUGCAGUAUACCCCUCAGUAGAAGAUUCCCAAGAAGUGUGUACCACAUCUUUUUCCACAUCUCCUCCAUCUCAGUGUGUUUUUACUGUCACAAAGGCACAUUUUCAGACCCCUCCUCCUGUGGUGACGGACACCUUGAAGGUCCCAGUGAUGGGACUGGCCUUUUCACAUCAACUUUCCAGCUCUCGUCUUUCCUAUCAGCCUGCUGCCCUGGGAGUUGGAUCAGCUGACAUGGGGUAUCCUGUACUCUUUGCUGGUGGCUUGAAUGCUGCACACCCUCACCAGUUGAUUGGUCCAGGCAAAGAAGGGGGAGUUCCCCCAGUUCCUAGCCAGCCAGCACAUGGCACUCAAGCUGACCAGGAGAGGAUGUGCACCCCACUGGAUGGAGUCCAUUACUCAGCAGUUACUCCUUCUAGUAGUGAGGACACAGAAACAGUUUCCAAUAGCAGCGAAGGAAAGUGUGGCUCCCCRCAUGACCUUUUGGAGACCAUCUUUAUCCGGAAAGUGGGAGCUUUUGUCAACAAACCCAUUAACCAGGUGACCAUGGCCAACUUAGACAUUCCUUUUGCCAUGUUUGCUCCCAAGAAUGUUGAGCUGGAAGAUAACGACCCRAUGGUCAAUCCUCCUGAAUCCCCAGAAGCUGACUCUCCUCUACAAGGCAGCUUACACUCAGAGGGCUCCAGUGGCAGCAGCACAGGGAACACCCAGGAUGACUUUGUUAUGAUUGACUUUAAACCAGCAUUUUCAAAAGAUGACAUUCUUCCAAUGGACCUGGGGACAUUUUACCGUGAGUUUCAGAACCCCCCUCAACUCAGCAGCCUUUCCAUUGACAUUGGAGCRCAGUCCAUGGCAGAGGAUUUGGACUCGUUACCAGAGAAGCUGGCAGUCCAUGAAAAAAAUGUCAAAGAAUUUGAUGCUUUUGUGGAAACCUUGCAGUGAAGUUGUUUCCCAGUUUUGCUGCAGCAAAUCUUCCUCAAGGCAUCCUGGAGAUGACAUCAGCAAAUAUCUCUAUUGCCCCUGCUCUGCCUUUUGUUCACAC